UGGUCCCCCUCACGGAUGUGCAAGGCGGCUCAUGGCUGUCCCGGUUCCCCUCACGGAGGGGCCGGGCGGGGUUCGUUCUCGCUCUCCCUCACGGAGGUGCAAGGCGCCUCGGUUCCCCUCACGGAGGGGCUGGUCCCCUCACGGAGGAAGAAGAAGAAGGCGAAAGACAAGGCCCAGAUCCUGGAGCAGAUCGUGAGCAGCAAGAAGCAGGAGGAGGAGAAGAAGCGCGGGCUGGACAAGCGGACCCCGGCGCAGGUGGCCUACGAGAAGAUGCAGGAGAAGCGGCAAAUGGAGCGGAUCCUGAAGAAAGCGUCGAAAACCCACAAGCAGCGAGUGGAGGACUUCAACAGGCACUUGGAUACUCUGACUGAGCAUUACGACAUUCCCAAAGUCAGCUGGACUAAAUGACCGGGCUGCUUUUCACGGCUCUGGAGCUGGAGUUGUGUUUUGUUUCUAUCAAGCAGCGUUGCCAUGUAAAUCUGUAUUUUCUCCAUAUUGUCCAAUACAUCUUCUGAGCUUUUAUGACUUUAUACUGUCUUAUUUUAUAGACUUGUUUUUUAAAACCAAACAUCCAGCAAUGUCUCCUCUGAGCCAAGGAGCUCUGGUUUACGUCGAUGCAGAGGGCUGGGGUUUUUUUAGUGUUUAUAGUGAGAUUAAGGCCAAAACUAAUUGCUGUGAGCCAGAUGGAAAACAUUCCUUUAUUUCUUUGGUUCUAACAGUUCUCCCUUUUUGAAGUGGGGAGUCUGGCAGUCUCACAUUUAAGUUUCUCUUGUAAGUUAUGUGAAUUGUAUAAUUACUUUCUAUCAAGUUCUGUCAGAGGCCAUGUUGCAAAAUGUGAAAUAUGUAAAAUUGUUUUAGGAAAGGAUAUUCUUUGGUAUUUGAUCUUUGUAUACUUUCAAGCCUAACCAGCAAGAAAGGAGGUUUAAUCCAUGAAACAGAGAGCAGCCAACAGGCUCUGAGUGAUGUCCAAGUUUUGAUGGCUGAUGUGCUGGAUUUCUGGGAUCCCACCGAGCAGCCAGGCUUGUGCAGCUCUGAAAUAAACAAUCAGUGUGUCUCUCGA